UUGAGCACUUUACGCAUUUAUUUUCGGAUCCACCCCUGUGUAAACGUAAUUUGCCUAAUGACCGCUUGAGUGGAGCAGGACCGUCUCAUUUCAAGCAAGCCAUUUUCAUCCAAGUUCACGCUCCUUGCCGACUCUCCUCGAUUAACUUUGACCUUUUGCAAAAGCAGGCGAGAGAGGACGCAGGAGGCGGGCAAAUCUAAUUGAUAAAAGGCCAAUAUGACAGACAAAACAGACCGAAUGUGCUAGCCUGACGACUCAAACUGAACUAUUCUGCUGCUCUGUGUUCGCUAAAUAGUUUUUUCCUCGUCCGUGGGCGUGGCGUUUGGCCGGAGCGAGGAGUCUGGGUAGCCAGGCAACAAAUGUCCAGUAUUCAUGCAUCGGAUUUGAAACAGCGGCGUGCAGCUCGGUUAACGGGAGGAGAAAACGGACAGUACCUUUCCCGAAAACAAUGAAGACGGGCACAUUUCCUAGGGUUCCGUUCUAUCCUAGAAGACACAUGGACUAAAAGAAAUAGGGGCACCAGGCGAGGCCCUCUGGCUGUCCUCUCAGCUGAGACCUGACUGCUGAUUGGAGCCGGCCUGGUGUUCGUAUAGGUGUGUUUGUGUGUGAGGAGAUGAAGUCCAGUAUGCGUCAGUGGCGGAGGCUGGUGUUUGUGGGGAUGUUGGCAUGGGCCCUCCUCUUCCUGGUUCUGCUAUCCUACUUCCUAGAUGCCCGCGUGGACAACGAGGCCCUGACCUCCGCCGGCUCCUCGCUCUCCCAGCAUCCCGACACGCGGCGCUUGUCCUCCAUCCAAGCCGCCUCCCACCAGCAGCACCACUCCGUCAUGGGCUCCCGACCCGAACCCGCCUACACCACCUUUACCACCAUCUACCCAGACCCUAACUCUAACCAUUACCCAGACUCCGAAGCAGAGCCUAGCCCCACUUCCACCACCUCAGAGCCUGGCCUGGAGCUGAGCCAGAGCUCAGACAGCGGUCCCUACGGGACCAGCCAGGAGGGGGUGGGGGGCAGCCGACAGCAGCAGGACUACCUGGACCCCCAGACCCUGGCUGCGUGGUCCUCUUUUGGCACGGAGAACGUGGGUUCCCACUCUGACCAGGUGGUGACCCGCAGCCGUGAGAGAACCGCCUGGACCCCCUCUGAUGCUGAGUGGGGGCCCAACCGAACCAAGCGCAGAUCCUCACGUGAGGAUGAAGAGGGGGAGGAGGAGGGGGUUCAGACGAAUAACAGCCACAGGAGGAGGACCACAGUGUGGGGGCGUAGGGGGAAGAGAGAUGGGUGGGGAAAAGAGGAGGAUUUAGAGGAGUACUACUUCUCCAAGUCGGCCUCGGUGGUGCAGCGACUUUGGCGGGGAAGUGUUUCCUCUGGAAUGCUGUCCCCGCGGCUGCAGCGCGCUAUGCGUGACUACCUGAGUGCCAACAAACACCACGUGACCUAUGAAGGACGCAGAUGGGCUGCCCAGAGCUCCAGGGGACUGCUGUGUGAGCUGAAGGAUCAGGCCAGGCUGAGAACACUGGACGGGUCCGAGCAGCCCUUCUCCUCGCUGGGCUGGGCCCAUCUGGUGCCACGCCUGGCCCUGGAGCAGCUCUACAGACAGGGGGGCCAGAGGGGCUUCAGGAGCUGUGCUGUGGUGACCUCUGCUGGGGCUAUUCUGCACUCAGGCCUGGGGAAGGAGAUCGAUUCCCAUGAUGCAGUUCUGCGGUUCAACGCUGCGCCUACAGAGGGCUACGUGAGAGAUGUGGGGAACAAGACCACCAUUCGCAUCAUCAACUCACAGAUCCUGGCCAAUCCCAAGAACCACUUCAACACCAGCUCCCUGUAUAAGAAGGUGACUCUGGUGGCCUGGGACCCUGCUCCGUACGCUGUCAAUUUGCACAAGUGGUAUGCCAGUCCAGACUAUAACCUGUUCAGUCCAUACGUGGAGCACCGGAGGCUCCACCCCACCCAGCCCUUCUACGUCCUCCACCCCAAAUAUGUGUGGCAGCUCUGGGACGUCAUCCAGGGCAACACCCAGGAGACCAUCCAGCCCAACCCACCCUCCUCAGGGUUCAUAGGCAUCCUUCUGAUGAUGGCGCUGUGCGAAGAGGUCCACGUGUACGAGUACAUCCCCUCGCUGCGACAGACAGACCUGUGCCACUACCACGAGGGCUACUACGACGCAGCCUGCACCCUGGGGGCGUACCACCCACUGCUUUACGAGAAGAGCCUGGUGCAGCGCAUCAACACAGGCCCCGAGCGAGACCUGAAGAGGAAGGGGCGCGUCACCCUCCCUGGCUUCAGCACCGUCAACUGUGACCUCUGAACUAUCAACUUAUGAACUCUGACCCUUAAAAGAAGCCACAUGUGGAACCACCACAACCCCACAGGACAAGGGGGAAAUGGUGCAAUAAUAACCCUCUGACCUCUGGGGGAACCCGGAGGGAACCACAUAGAACAGUGGAGAACCCAAGCCAUAGCCCCUCUGUGUGGGAUGGGAUCAAACCGGAGGGUGAAGGUCUAGUGUAACUACAUUUAUGUCAGGAAUUUUGAACAGAACCCAGACGGGGUGAAACCCAGCCUUCCUUAGAGGAUAAUGGACCCAAGACGGCCUGAAGUGACUGUAUCUCCCGAUCUCUGCCAUUGCUGAGCCGGAAGAGAGGAGAGCUGUAUAGUGUAGCAGUAGAUUAGUGUUAUUAGAUUAUUUUUUUUUAUAUACAGUACCAGUCAAAAGUUGGACUCAACCCCUGUAAUGAGUAGUUUUCUUUAUUUUUACUAUUUUCCACAUUGUAUAAUAAUAGUGAAGACAUCAAAACUAUGAAAUAACACACGGAAUCAUGUAGUAACCAAAAAAGUGUAUAUUUUAUAUUUGAGAUUCUUAAA